UUGCAUGACGCCCACCUUCCACCCAUGUAUUUGUGGACAGGAAAUUGAUAACUGUCUUUCGCAGAUAUGGAAAAGUCCUCUCUUUAUGCGGUAACAAUGUCUCCUUUAUCAAGACUCAGUGACAUACUUCUUCCACGAACACACUUCAAACAGCAGUGCAGGUUUAUCUCCCACAAAGUGCACUUUGGCUCUGAGAGCGACAAGUCAACACAUUUACACUCCUAUAUAAACAGCUGUGGCCAGCGGUGCCUCUUACUCUGUUUUCCUUUCGCAGACAUUUCUCAGGAGGAAUACAAUCUGCAACCAUGAAUAAGCUGCUGGUCAUCUCUGUGCUCAUUGCACUUCUUGCUCUAAGCGCUGAAAGCUUUCGUGUACCGAGGCAGGCUGAAGAGGAGGCUGGAACCCUGAGCAAGCUCACAGAUGCGGUCAAGUCCUACUAUGACGGCGCCGUCGACACUGUCAGCGGAUACGUGGAGAGCAUCAAGGGUCUGAAGCUGGAGGAGAAGGCAAAGAAUCUUUACACUGACACCACCACAGUGGUCAGCACCUAUGCUGGCAUUAUGCAAGAUCAGCUUUACCAUAUUUUAUACAACCAGCAAUAAAUAAAUGAAAGAGUGGAAACUCAUUGUGAAUGACCUCAGCAUCCAUUUCUGACAAUGCAAGAAUCCUCAUGAAAUGUCCACAAACCAUCUGACAUUUCGAACUCGUCCCACAUUUCACGACAUGGAGCCUGAAACAGCAACAACAGAAAUAAUGGACACGGUGCUCUUUGCGAUGUUUUCAUCUGCUAAUCCAAAAAAUCAUUGUUAAAAAAAGAACUAAAGGCUUGCAGCUUGCCCAGAGGAGCUGGAAGGAAAAGUCUGGCACAAGGGCCACUGAGCAUCUUCACACACACACCUCUAAUGUCCCUAUGGGCUUCAAGAGUUGGAAAACAAUCAGAUGUGCAAAAUAACAAUGACCAUAAUCUUGUAAUCUGACUCCACCUAGUGGUGGUUCUGUCUCCCCCCAGUUGACGCUAAUGGACAUCCAACGUUGAAAUUUGAAUAUUUGUGUCAUAUCUUGAAAUAAAAUAUUUAUACAAGCAGUGGUGCUUCUCUUGUAUUCACUCCCCCUUAUUGUAGUGCGCGUUUCAAGUUUGUGUCUUCUGUCACCGUAGAGAUGAACACAAAUAUUAAUUUGCAAUGAGACAAGACAGUUGUGAUCAGGGACUCUGUUUCAAUUAAAAUUGGAUGAAA